CGCUGCAGUACUGCAAGUGAAAGCUCGGAUUUGCGCCGCGCGUACACGCGUGUGGGGACGAGUUCAAAAUUUACACUGCCAAAAAAGCAGUUUCGUGAACAUUUGAAGGCAUUCGGUGGUUAUGUAAGAUGGCAGUUAUCUUGGAGACAACUCUUGGAGACAUUACCGUAGAUCUGCUCACAGAGGAAAGACCUAGAACAUGUCUGAACUUCUUAAAGCUUUGCAAGAUGAAAUACUACAACUUCUGCCUCUUCCACUCUGUACAGAGAAACUUCAUGGUUCAGACGGGUGAUCCCACUGGCACAGGGAGGGGUGGAGAGUCCAUAUUCAGUAAGUUGUACGGAGACCAGGCGCGGUUCUUCGAGAUGGAGACCAAUCCGCGACUGAAGCAUCGGAAGGUCGGCACGGUCUCCAUGGUCAACAAUGGCGGCAACAUGCACGGGUCUCAGUUUCUGAUCACGACAAGAGAGGAUGUGGACUACCUGGAUGGACAGCAUACCGUGUUUGGCGAGGUUAGCGAGGGGGAUGACGUGCUGGCCAAGAUUAACGAAGCUAUUUGUGAUAACGAACACAGACCGUACCAGGACAUCAGAAUUAACCACACUGUCGUGCUGGACGACCCGUUUGACGACCCCGCGGGAUUGGCCGACCACAUCCCGGACCGCUCACCGGAACCUACCAAGGAACAACUGGAGAGUGGGCGGAUCGGAGCUGACGAGGCGAUAGACGACACAGAAGGGCGGAGUCAGGAGGAGGUGGAGGAAAUGUUACAGGAGAAGGAGGCCCAGGCUCGCACACAGAUCCUGGAGAUGGUGGGAGACCUCCCCGAGGCAGAUGUAGCGCCCCCUGACAACGUGCUGUUUGUCUGCAAGCUGAACCCCGUCACCCAGGACGACGACCUGGAGGUCAUCUUCUCCAGGUUCGGAGAGAUCAAAUGCUGUGAGGUCAUCAGGGACCAGAAGACAGGAGACUCCCUCUGCUAUGCCUUUGUGGAGUUUGAGAAGCCCGAGGCUUGUGAGGAGGCGUACUUUAAGAUGGACAACGUUUUGAUCGAUGACCGCCGUAUCCAUGUGGACUUCAGCCAGUCUGUGUCCAAGGUGUGGAAAGGUGGCCCUAAUGCACCCAAAGGUGGCCAGAAGUCCAAGUUUGAACUGAAGGAUAAAACCAAGGGUGUCGGGAAACAGUAUGACCUGAUCCUGGGUGAUGAUGAUGAUGAUGAAGCUGGACCCAGCAGGACCCAGGACCGGGGGAGAGGUCCCGACCCCAGCCAUGACAGGAGGAGUAAGGACACAGAGAACAGAUCCAGACAUGACAAGCACAAGAAGACACACAGACGUGACAGCAGCAGUUCUGAAGACGACAGGAGACACCGCAAGAAGCAUCACAAGAAGGAACGCGACCCCCACACGGACAGGCGCGGGAGGGAUGGCAGCAGCUCUGAGGACGACAGGCGACACAAGAAGCAUCGCAGACACGAUCGUGAUUCCGAUGACGGUGGCCACAAGAAACGAGACAGACACGAAAGAGACUAUGACAAACCCAAGCACAGAGAACACCACAGAAGCAGGAGUAGGGAGAAAGAACAUAGACACAGCAGGCACGACAAGCAUAGACACAAACACUGAAUGAUGUGGAUAUGUCAAUAAAAAA